AUGGAAGUGAUCUACGACUUCAAGAGAUCCAAGAAACAUUUGACCCUCCGAGUUUUGAAGGAACACUUGAGGACUGUGACGCACAGGAGAACGGGAGAUGUUCUGUUCAAAGGAGGUACCGAGUCCUUGCGCCGCCUACUCUAUAAACUUGGUUUCAAUUAUGUGCUCGACAAUGGCACAUACUAUAUACGAGAGAACCCCAGGAUACAACUACUUAGGACGCAAUACCUACUAAGAUUUCAUGCAAACUAUAUAUCACCGGACAAACUUGAUGAGAAAUACCAGGAUGAGACCUGGGUAUAUAUGGGCGGCACCGGGCAGCGGGUGCGCGGCUGGAUCAAUAAAGAUGUUCGGAGUUUUAGCCGCCGCACCACCAGCCUGGGAGACCGCUCCACUAUAAGUCAUGUGGGAGGCCGGAAGGGCUGGGUCGAAGGGGCCCUGAUGUUUCUUGCGCCUCACAAGGACAGCAAGGAGGACUAUCAUAAGUCUAUGAACAGAGACGAGUUCCUCAGACACUUCCGGGAAGAUAUAUUACCAAAUAUGACUGAGCCGUCUCUCCUCAUCAUGGAUAACGCGUCAUAUCACCGCAUGCAGGUAAAAAACUGA